CUUGGACUCGCAGGGUAAAUUAGUUAUUUGUCAUAUAUAGGUAUGUGCGGUAUAUGAGGUAACGUUGAUAAUAAGCUAGCAUCGAUGGUUUCCUUUGGAUGCCCUUGUUUACGACUCAAAGCGGCUGCGAGCCAGCUCUUGGUCGAGGCUCCAAAAGAUAUAGGCACCAUGGGCUACGAAGGAGAAGAGACAAUGCCGCGAACCUACAUUCAGAGAGUUGACUUCAUAUACAUGUGAUCUAUAUAUGGACUGGUACCCACGCCAUCCACCCACUAGCAACCCUAAGCAUGUCAUAGGUCUAUAUUCUGGUUUGUCCCUCAAAUUUGGGAUCAGAAGUAACUCAACCCUGAGAUGAGGAGGGUUGAAUAUAGCUUCGGAGCUGCAACUGUCGACCAAGUUUGGCUUGGACACAUGCUACUUGUAGAGGAUCGGGCAUCACAUCACCUUCGUGUGCAUUUGACGAGUUUUGUCUUUGUCCGUAGCCCCUCCAUGACAUGUUAAGGACCACUAUUGACAUACUCUCGCGGGCAUAAAAGUAGAGCCACAGCUGAUAUCUAAAAAGGAUGGUUCAUAGAGCGAGUAUCAGAACGCAAAUGACAUUUAAGACAUUUUACACAGGAGUACUCAAUUGGUCCCAAGCUAAGGAUGGAGUACUCCCUAGUUGGAUCUAGUGUUUCUUUGAACAGUGUCCCAUAUUCUGUCCUUGACCCUUGCGCUUGCAAUACCGCCCAACACCGUUGCGCCCGCUGCGCCGCACACUGGGUGGCUCGGGACCUGCAGCGGAGCUCGAGGUAUGUGUCUAAGGAAGUCUUAGCGUCAGCCUUCGGGGACGCGGGACUUGCCUUGGACUUCUACAAGAGCUACAAUACGACUCGGGAUGACCCGAAGAAGUAUUUUGACCACGUCCAGAAUAUCUCUCUUGACGAGCUGUUGCUUUGCAACGAGAGCAACUUCUUCGUCGACAGCUACAUGAGAAACUACAUCAAGUUUUCCGGAGAUGUGGACGGGGUGCUCGAGCAGAAUGGUUCCUUCGUGGCGAAGUGCGUUCAUGGACGUUGGUGGAUGGCUCCAACAUGCCGCGCCAGCUUUCCAGAGUGCAUUCCGCUCUUCACUGCCGGAAAUGGCUGGAGCCUUCAGUCCCUGAUGCAGUGGGCCACUGCCUAUUCCAUUCCGGCUGCGCUUGCCAUCUCCAGCAGCUACUCCAACUGGAUCACCCAUGUCGAAACGCAUCGCAGCCUGUGGUAUUGGUGGAUCCCGGAUUCCACUUUCAUCGAAAUGGAGCCGGAACAAGUGAUUCUCCCGCGCCACAGUCCCUCUGGCUGGGCGCGAGGGGACAAAAGCACAGGUGCCACGGGCAGUUACAUUGGAAAGAUGGUCAGCGCCAAUUUGUACUCGAAGGCCAGCAGAGUGGAGGAGUUUGUGUCGAGUGUGCUGAUGGAGUUGGGGGAGAUCAUGGAUCUUCUCUUGAAGGCCAAGCGGAGCUCAAUGAAAGAAGCCGCUUGUGAUUGGAUCCGCCUGAACCGAGACAAGUGGGAGGAGUGGGUGACCAUUGAGACCAGCUGCACGGCGGGCUUUGGUCUGGUCGAUGUGGAAGGCCAGUUCCUGGCCAAUCGCUCGGGCGCCAGCACCUGCGAACGCUGUGCCGCCGGAUUCUUCUCGCAAGAGUACGUGGAUGACAAGGGGAAGACGCAUCGCUGCGUGCCCUGCGCGCCGGGCACCAGCCAAUCACAGUCUUUGUCUACCACGUGUGAACCUUGCGCACGCGGGACCUUCAGCAACGUGCCAGCCAGCAAGGAGUGCCGAGUUUGCGGAGUUGGAUUUUAUCAAAGCUUCCAAGGACAGAUGGAGUGCUCAGCCUGUGCUCCCGAUCGAACCACGCAGCUCUUGGGCGCGACUGAGCCUCAGGAUUGCGUGUGCAAGGCCAAUGCGAUUGAGACGACUCACGGUCAUUGCGUCGCCUGUAGUGUGGGCCUUUGGUGCCCCCUGGGCAGCACCGUGACGUUGCUCCAAAGUGCCAAUGGCACCGAUCCAAGUGGGCCUCAUGUGGAAGCAGGCUAUAAGGCGGACGCUGAGAACCCGCUGGAGGUCUACAAGUGCACGGACCUCGCUUGUCCAGGUGGAGCGCCGGGCACGUGCAAUGGCGGCCUCGAGGGACUGGCCUGUGGCAACUGUGCUUCAGGAUUCUAUUUUUGGUCCGAGACGUGCCAACGCUGUGGCCUGGGCGCUCCGGUGGCCUGGACCAUCGUCUCCAUCCUCUUGGCCAUCGGUAUUUUCAUCUCCUACUACCCCUUGUCCUUCCCCUAUGUCGCGAAAGCCAGCGCCUUCUUUUCGGCCACCGCAUCCUUUGGCAUUCUGUUCGGCUUGCUGCAGAACUUGGGGGUCUUGAGCACCGCCUUGACCUGGGAAAACGGCAGCAAUCCGCUGCUGCGCUUUGCCUCGAUCUUCGUCUUUGACCUGAAUGGCUUUGGUUUCAGCUGUGCGGCGGAAGGCAAUGCCAAGCCGUACAGCAUCAUCGCGUCCUUUUUCUGGCUGGUGGUCCUCUUGCUUCCCAUUUGUGCCAUUUUGACCAACUACCUCCCCUGUUUGUCUCGCCGGGGCCUGGCCUGGGAAGCUAUGAAGACGGUGAAUGUCAUUGGGCACUUUCUCCAGGUGGCCACCACAACCAUGAGCAGCGUGGCCUUGCUGCCCUUCAUGUGCUACCAACAUCCCUCUGGGAAGGAGAGUGUUUUGAAGUUUCCCAAUGUUUUGUGCGGCAGCCCUGAGCACAUCACCAUGCAAUCUGUGGGGAUAUCUCUCAUGGUGCUGGGUGUGGCCUUCCUGGCGGCGGCUUGCUUUGCUGCUCGGAUGGCGCCCAAGUGGUCCGGAACCCGGAAGCUCCGAGCCAUUGUCUUCCUGAUCCAACGCUUCCGGCCAAGCACCUGGUGGUUUGGCCUGGUGCUUUUGGCCCGAGGGAUGCUCUUGUCCUUACCAGUGGUCUUUGCGACGAAUAUGCCCGGCCUUCAUUUGAUGCUCAUGCUUGGAAUUCAGCAGGCCUAUUCCUACAUGCAGCUUUGGUUCCAUCCAUGGAAAUCGCCCAUCCUCAAUCUUGGCGAUGCAGUCUCCACUGGAUUGCUGGUGAGCCUUCUAGCCACGUCGUUGGCCUGUCUCGACACUUGUCCAGACAUCCUACAGACCUUGCGUGCCGUGGUCUCCUUGAUGCUGAUCACAAGCUUGGUUCUGUUGGUCUUAAUCACCACCUUGAACUUCUUUUACGUUUCAGUGACCCGCAAGCAAUUGUCGCUCUUGGAUUUGGGCAAGACAGGUGAUGCGGACUCUGUGCUUGAAGGACUUCGACAAAUCGCAGACUUCUUAUCCAGGGACCGGGAAGAGAGUACUUCUCUCAGCAAGGGCUUGGCGAAGUUAUGCGCUUAUGACUUGAACUGUGUCAUGGAAGCCAUCGAUGUCUUGCUCGAUGAUUGGGAGAUUGUCCCCUCGGAGGAGCGGCGGUCCACGUCCGCGUCCACUUCCCGUAGCCGCAGUCGGAUCUCCUUGGCGCCGAACCGCGACUCCCUCAACUCGCGGGGCAAAGGAAGCAAGAGGCAGCGCGUGUCGAUGCUGGCCUUGGAAGAGGCCAUGGUGGCGCCCGUCGAAGCCGAUGGCGCCGGACACAUCAACGGCGGGAGCUUGGACAACUCGGGCAACUCGAAGAAGACCGAGUCGUUUGGUGAGGUGAUCUAUGAGAAGGAAAAGCUGGACGAUCUUCCAGAGUGGGCAGAAGCGCACGAAGAACGCCAUUUGGAGUCAAAGACUCCCAGAUGCUCUUUGUAAAACACAUGUUUUCUUGCCUGGGAUGUAGCAGCUUGCGGCCCUUUUCGCUGCUGUAGACACAUUUGACCCC